AUGGCACCAGUUCAACUUGCAGAAAAAGAUUUUAAUAGAGAUGAAAAAUUCACUAAAGCUUUACAUGGUGAAUCUUAUAAAAAAACUGGAUUAGCAGCAUUAAUGGCUAAAUCAAAAGAUGCUUCUUCUGUUGCAAAUGAAGGAUAUUUUAAACAUUGGGAUGGUGGUGUAACUAAAGAUGAUGAAUCUAAAAGAUUAGGAGAUUAUUCACAAUUAACUCAUCAUUAUUAUAAUUUAGUUACUGAUUUUUAUGAAUAUGGUUGGGGUUCUUCUUUCCAUUUUUCAAGAUAUUAUAAAGGGGAAGCUUUUAGACAAGCUACUGCAAGACAUGAACAUUAUUUAGCUCAUAAAAUGAAUUUAAAUGAAAAUAUGAAAGUUUUAGAUGUUGGUUGUGGUGUUGGUGGUCCAGGUAGAGAAAUUACAAGAUUUACUGAUUGUGAAAUUGUUGGAUUAAAUAAUAAUGAUUAUCAAAUUGAAAGAGCUAAUUUUUAUGCUAAAAAAUAUAAAUUAGAUCAUAAAUUAUCAUAUGUUAAAGGUGAUUUUAUGCAAAUGGAUUUUGAACCAGAAACUUUUGAUGCUGUAUAUGCAAUUGAAGCUACUGUUCAUGCACCUGUUUUAGAAGGAGUUUAUUCAGAAAUUUAUAAAGUUUUAAAACCAGGUGGUGUUUUUGGUGUUUAUGAAUGGGUUAUGACUGAUGCAUAUGAUGAAAAUAAUGAAGAACAUCGUAAAAUUGCUUAUGGUAUUGAAGUUGGUGAUGGAAUUCCAAAAAUGUAUAAACGUGAAGUUGCAGAAAAAGCUUUACAAAAUGUUGGUUUUAAAAUUGAAUAUGAAAAAGAUUUAGCUGAUGUUGAUGAUGAUAUUCCUUGGUAUUAUCCAUUAGCUGGUGAUUUAAAAUAUUGUCAAUCACUUGGUGAUUUAUAUACUGUUUUUAGAACAUCAAAAUUAGGAAGAUUAAUUACUACUGAAGCUGUUGGAUUAAUGGAAAAAGUUGGAAUUGCACCAAAAGGUUCAAAACAAGUUACAUUUGCUCUUGAAGAUGCUGCUGUUAAUUUAGUUGAAGGUGGUCGUAAAAAAUUAUUUACCCCAAUGAUGUUAUAUAUUGCAAGAAAACCAAAAGAUGCUUAA